GGGAUGAAAAAACGAUUUGACAGCUCGUCAGCCAGGCAGGCAGGCUGCGGGGAGACGCUUCCUGCAUUUAGUUUGUUUUAUAUCUUCCUUGGCCUGUUGUUUUUGUUGUUUCGACUCAGUACCAUGAUGACAUCCACACCAGACGAAAAUAACAAGGACAAGAUGCGCUCUGUCUCUGUGGAUCUAAAUAAUGAUGCCUCUCUUCUCAUUGACAUUCCUGAUGCACUUUGUGAGAGGGACAAAGUGAAGUUCACAGUCCAUACAAAGACCACGCUUAGCUUUUUCCAGAAGCCAGAAUUCUCUGUUCCCAGGCAACAUGAAGACUUCAUCUGGCUGCAUGACACUCUGGUUGAGACAGAGGAAUAUGCUGGCCUAAUAAUUCCUCCGGCACCCCCAAAGCCAGACUUUGAGAGCCCGAGGGAAAAGAUGCACAAACUAGGUGAAGGUGAAGCUACUAUGACCAAGGAGGAGUAUGCUAAAAUGAAGCAGGAACUGGAGGCUGAAUAUUUGGCAGUGUUUAAGAAGACCGUCCAAGUGCAUGAAAUCUUCCUGCAGAGACUGUCCUCGCACCCCAUUCUGAGCAAGGACAGAAACUUCCAGAUUUUCUUAGAGUAUGACCAGGACCUCAGUGUGAGAAGAAAGAAUGCCAAGGAAAUGUUUGGAGGAUUCUUUAAAAACAUGGUAAAGUCAGCUGAUGAGGUCCUUAUUUCAGGAGUAAAGGAAGUUGAUGAUUUUUUCGAGCAGGAGAAAACGUUCCUGCUCGACUACUACAGCAAGAUAAAGGAUUCCACUGCCAAAGCAGAGAAAAUGACCCGCGCACAUAAAAAUAUUGCAGAUGAUUAUAUUCACAUCUCUGCUACUCUGAACAGUAUCUCUGCUGAUGAUACUACAGCGAGUAAGAAGAACCUAGAGAAGUUGUCAGACCUGUUUGAAAAGCUCAGAAAAGUGGAGGGAAGAGUAGCAUCUGACGAGGAGCUAAAACUCACAGAGCUGCUUAGAUACUACAUGAGAGACAUCCAGGCUGCCAAGGACCUUUUGUACAGGCGAGCUCGGGCAUUAGCUGACUAUGAAAACUCUAACAAGGCUCUGGAUAAGGCUCGACUGAAAAGCAAGGAUGUUCCCCAGGCGGAAGAAAAUCAGCAAAACUGCCUGCAGAAAUUUGACAAGCUCUCAGCGUCUGGGAAGAAAGAGCUCACCAGUUUCAAGGGCAGACGUGUUGUGGCCUUCAGGAAGAACCUUAUAGAGAUGGCUGAGCUUGAGAUAAAACAUGCCAAGAACAAUGUGGCAGUAUUGCAGGGAUGCAUCGACCUGCUUAAGAGCAACUGAAAUGUUUUCAAGUGUUCACGUGACACAAGGCCUCCCCCUGCCUUGUGUCAACAUGAAUCCAAACCCUGUUUCUGCUCCCUCCCAGUGGUUUGGUGUGGCUUUAAACCCCUGCACGAGACCAAGUGUCUUGUAAGAGCAAUGUCUGCGUGUUUACGUUCAUGAGUUCCUGUUUUCCUGUCCGUGGUCCAAAUGUUUUCUUCUUUUCAUGAAAGCCUAACUAUAUGUGAAUGCCUUCAGAUAAUGAGCCUGCCAACCUUAAGGUCUUCCAUAGUUUUUGCAGCAUCAACAAGGUUGUUUCUAGUAAUUUGUUGAGUUUCUUAUUUUUACAUUAUGCACAUAAAUAUAAUAUCUCACCUUUGUAGCAUAUUUCUGACUCAUUUCCUUCCUCAUACAUACGUUUUAAAUACCUAUUUUAAAAGGCUUACUGAUACAUUUUUUUCUGCUCAAUCCUUUAUUGUAUAUUCAUAUGUUUAACUUGUUGGGCCAUUUUCUGUUUACUAAUGGAAUAGUUUUACAGAUGCAAAACUAGUGCCUGGAACAAACAUCCUCAUGCUGUGCAUUCCUGGGGGCUGACAUGAAUGUACACCCAAACUAAGAUUCCACUAAUGAAAGCCGUGACUGACAAGACAAUUCAUCUUUAAAGGUUCAAAGAUAGCUGUAUUCUACUUCAGAAAUGGACAGUUACUUUGGUCCCCAUGUUUAAGCCUUGGGAGAGGUUUCUGACUUUAAAAAAGGUGCACAUUAGGUUUCCUAAAUAUGGAUGGAUUACAGCAAAAGCCGCGAGGGUGAUUUGUUUGAGUUUUGCCAGUGAAAAAUCACCAAUACUGAUGACUGAGUCUUUAUUUUAAAGAACAUUUUCAAACAGGAAUCAUAAAAUGUCUACUCUAAGUACUUCACAGCUUCUUCUUUGUCCUUUGUAGUGUCUAAUGCUGUUUUUCAUUGUGUUGUCCUGAAUCCCCCCUUUUUUGACGGGAUCCGACUUGAGAGUGUCAGACUUGAUAUAUUUUUCUGAGCUUCAGUUUUAAGCAGGUAUAAAAACUGUGAAAAAUAUUUUACAGUCUUGAUCAGGCUCAGCAGAGUGUAAUAAUGCAUAAUAGUUUUUUAAGAAACCGAAUGUAUUUGUAAUGGAUUCCAAUUGAAUUCCUACACAUAAUGCUUUUGGUACAGCAUUUUAUAAAUUUGUAAUGAUAACAAUAAAUAAAUCCUAUAUUCCAAAAUUGUAA